UCAGAAAAUAAAAUAGCCUGCAGGAGGAAGCAUCAAGGGAAAUAGGGAGAACUGGCCCUGUGGGACCUUUGAGAGUUCAUGGUUUAGGAUUUUUUUUUUCUUCCUCUUUGUCUCACUUCCUUUUAAGAUGAUUUAUGGCAAAUUAGGAUCGAGAAGUUGCUGGAAAGGCCCUCCGGACGUAGGGACCUCAGGAUGCUUGUAGAGGCUCAGGAGGGUGCAGGGAACUGUUGUGUUUCUGUGCAGGUGGGGGGCUUAGCUCCUGUGUCUCCCCCCCAGGACAGCAGAGCUGGCCAGCUCUCAUUCUGUACCAAGGUGUGCUAUGGCAUCGGUGGGAUGCCCAACCAGGUGGCCUCCAGCGCCACGGCCUUUUACCUUCAACUCUUCCUGCUUGAUGUGGCACAGAUCCCUGCUGCCCAGGUGUCACUUGUCCUGUUUGGAGGGAAGGUGUCUGGGGCAGCCGCCGACCCUGUGGCUGGGUUCUUCAUCAACCGAAGCAGUAGGACAGGGUCUGGACGACUCAUGCCCUGGGUGCUGGGCUGCGCGCCCUUCCUCGCCGUGGCCUACUUCCUCCUGUGGUUCCUGCCGCCCUUCAGCAGCCUGCGGGGCCUCUGGUACACGGCCUUCUACUGCCUGUUCCAGGCGCUGGCCACGUCCCAGCAGGUGCCGUACGCGGCGCUCACCAUGCGGCUGACCCCCUGCCCGAGGGAGCGGGACUCGGCCACCGCGUACCGGAUGACCAUGGAGAUGGCGGGGACGCUGAUGGGGGCGGCCGUCCACGGCCUGCUGGUGUCCGGCGCCCACCGGCCGCACCCGUGCGAGGACGCGGCGCCCCCCGGGCCGCUCGCCGUCUCCGCCGACGCGACUCGUCUCUACUCCAUUGCAGCCGCCGUGGUUGCUAUGAUGUACCCUGUGUGCAGUGGUUUGCUCUGCCUCGGGGUGAAGGAGCGAGCAGACUCCUCUGCCCCAGCCUCGGGCCAAGGCCUGAGCUUCCUGGCUGGGCUGGGCCUCACUGUCCGGCACCCGCCCUACCUGAAGCUGGUGAUCUCCUUCCUGUUCAUCUCAGCAGCCAUUCAGGUGGAGCAGAGCUACCUGGUCCUGUUCUGUACACAUGCCUCUAGGCUGCAUGAUCAUGUCCAGGGCGUGGUGCUAACCAUCCUGGUCUCGGCUGUGCUGAGCACCCCGCUGUGGGAGUGGGUUCUACAGCGAUUUGGGAAAAAGACGUCAGCCUUCGGGAUCUGUGUGAUGGUGCCUUUUGCAAUCCUGUUGGCUGCUGUACCCACAGCACCAGUGGCAUAUGUGGUGGCUUUUGUAUCUGGCCUGAGCAUUGCUGUGUCCUUGCUGCUACCCUGGUCCAUGCUUCCAGAUGUGGUGGAUGACUUCCAGCUGCAGCACCAGCACGGCCCAGGCCUGGAGACCAUCUUCUACUCCUCCUAUGUCUUCUUCACCAAGCUUUCCGGCGCAGGUGCCCUGGGCAUCUCCACGCUCAGCCUGGAGUUUGCAGGGUACGAGGCAGGAGCCUGCAAGCAGGCGGAACAGGUGGUGGUGACCCUCAAGGUCCUCAUCGGUGCCGUGCCCACCUGCAUGAUCCUCACCGGUCUGUGCAUCCUCAUGGCUGGCCCGGCCCCAAAGGUGCCCAGCCAGGACCCCUCGCGUCGGCUGAGCCUUCAGAGGAGGACCAGCUAUAGCCUCGCUUGAGGUCUGACCUUGUGUGGGCUGGAACAGCAGAAGCCAGCAUCUUCUGGCCUUGAAGUCCCUCUUCUUCUCAGUCCCUUAGCCCACCUACUUGGAAGGAUACAUGUGACCUGUCAUUUCUCCUGGGAUAUGGAGUCUUCAGUGACAUCCCCUGAAAGGGACUGGCCUGGGCUCCAGGAUCCUCACCUGCCAUUUCUUGCUUAUUGAACACAGACCCUGUCAGAUAGGCCUGUGCCCUGGACCACCCAGCUCCAGGUAACCCUGACGGGGAAAGCAUCCCAACAGCAACUGUUCCUGGGAAAAGGAAGCCCCAACAACCUGCUCACCUGACAGAGAGAUGCACAGACCUUUCGUUCCUCCUGACAGACACUCCAGCGGACAUCUGAGAGAGAGGCUGAUGGACACCACGUGAAUGGGCAGAGGACAAAUGGACAUGCUGGGGAUGACAUUGAGAGACACAGAUAGGGACAGAGACCAAGAGACCCCAGAGGGAGCAAAUGGGGACAGCAGAGGGUGAGGAGCCAAGCAGGGCACGAGAAGGGUUUCUCAGUCUAAACAUUUGUUCAUAUAAGCUGGCAACACUGUUUCUGGAAUCAGACACAGACUGAUACCAAGCCACCAAAGAUCAGUUAUUUUUUUUAAGAUCAAUUAUUUUUAUGAACAAAAGUUAUCUUUGUGGAAAUAUUUUUCUGAAAUUGUAUCUUAUAAAAGCACAAGAACCACAGUUUUCUAAAGGCUGUAUCUUUGGGGAAGAAAGACCCAUUGAAGUUUAUUUUUUCAAAAAAAUAUUAAAGGGUUUAUCUUCUAUUGAGUCUGUAAAAUAUGACUAGCCAGCACUCUAAUCCUACCUCCUGGGAAACUACCACCUGAGGAGGGACAGGGCAGGGUGCCUGAUGUCACUGUACCUGGCUAUGUCCCCUCAGCCAUACAUCCCUGACUCUGCAUUUCUUCAGACCAGAGAUGGCCACAUGGGAGGUGGGAUCCUUCUUUCCUUUGGAAGCAAUAAGCUGAGACUUUAGAGUAGCCCAGGGCAGCAGGCCACAGAGGCUUGUGUGGAUUAGGGCCUGCAGAGGGGUUGGGGGACCCAUGGGAGUUCUGAUCCCCAGGAUCUCCUAGAGAAGCCCAGAUGCCCAAAGAGGUGACCAGGAGGUAGAGACUUGCCCCUGCAUUUCUAUUCAGCCCCCUGCUCUGUCCCCACCAUGGGGUCAGCUCUCCUGACCCCACUGCCCAGGGACAGAGCAUGAGUGUGUGUGGAGGUAGUAUCUGACCAAGGAAACUUGAAAUGACUAGUAGCCAUUUAAAUGCUGACCACACAUUUUCAAAACUCCAUCCUCCCUUGGCUUAUGUGAUGCACCUGUCCCAUUCUCCUCCACCAUCUCUGGCCAUUCAUUUUCUGUAAAACUUUUACAUUGCUGCUUCUUCCUUUGAUGCUCUGUAGUCAUCUCAGGCUUCUUGGGGCCAUGUGAUCUCAUCUCAUGAUCACCUUUACACCUAUUUUUUUCUUUUUUAUUUAUUUUUGUCUUUUUAUUUUUUUUUAAGAUUUUAUUUAUUUAUUCAUAGACACACAGAGAGAGAGGCAGAGACACAGAGGGAGAAGCAGGCUCUAUGCAGGGAGCCCGAUGUGGGACUCGAUCCCGGGUCUCCAGGAUCCUACCUCAGGCUGCAGGCGGCUUAGACUCCCCCCGCCAAGUGCGGAGCCGGAUGCGGGGCUCAAUCCCACGACCCUGAGAUCAUAACCUGAGCUGAAAUCGAGAGUUGGAUGCUCAACAGACUGAGCUGGCCAGGCACCCCCAUACCUAUUUCUAACCCUGAGCUCUCUGCUGAACUUCAGAAGCCCAUCUGAAUGUUUUUCCAGUAGUUAAAAUAGCCUCUGUCUAAAGUGGAACUUACCGCCUCCCCACACUUGUUCAGUCUCCUGCAGUUCUGGUCAAUGAUGUCAGCACCUAUUGGGUCACCAUACCCAAACACUUGGUGUCUUCUUACUUUUCUCUCUUCCCAACUCACUGUACCGCUCUGUCCUCAUGCACAUCAAGUGUGGACCAAACAACGGGAGGAAAGCGUUACAGCUUGUAGGUUACUAUCACGUGCUAGAAGUUAUUUGGAAUCAGACAGAAAAUUGUAGCUCCAGAUAGGCUGGCUGUGGCUCCUAACACACAUGGAGAACUGACAGCUGCCUGCAAGGUGUCUCACGUGAAGGUGUGUCCAUUUCUGUCUCCUAAGGGACUCUGCUCAGCUGGGUUCAGUUUUCUGUGUUCACCAAGUGUUUCUUAAGGACAACAUUGGUGCAAUAAACAAGGAAACUCA